AUGAAUCUUCAGCUUGAUGAUAGCAAUUGUUUAAGCACGGAAGUCAUCAAGCUUGGAGAAAGAUUAGAUAAAUUCGAAAAUCAAAUUAAAACAACUUUUACACAGAUAGAUAAUCGUGAUAUUCAAGUUUUGGAUCUCGGAAAGACAGUUUCAACAAUUUACAAAGAAAUUCACAAUAGAAGUACUGUUUUACAACAUUAUGCAGAUACUGUUUUAGAAAAAGGAAAAGAACUUUACGAAUCACAACUAAAAUUUGAACAACAAAUCAAUAAUAAAUCAAACAAGAUAAGCACAGAGGAAGAAGAAUUGAGAAAUAAACUACAAGAACUCCAUAAAAAGUCAGGAUUCAACGUUAAACAAAAAACAGAAUUAUCAAAAACUUUAACAAACCUUACGAAGCAGCUAAAACAGUUAACAUCACAAGAUGGUGAACUUGAAGAAUUGGGCGGUAAGCAUAAUAGCCGCUUAAGUGCAUCUUUGAGCAAUAAUAAUUUAUCAAAUCCAGAUUUAUUACAGUCUGAUUUAAAGCAUUAUCAACAACUUAUCGAAGAUACUAAUAAAGAAAUAGAUACAUACUCAAAACUACUUGUUCAAAGGGAUGAAGCCCUUGCAAAAGUUAAAUCUUCAAUUUCUUAUCACCAAGGACUUUCUGAAAUGAUUGAUAAGGUCUGCGAUCUUGCAUCAUCCAUGAAAGGAAUGGAGUUAGACCAUCACGAUAUCAUAGAACAAGAAAAAAUGUAUGAAUCAGAAAUUCAACGUAAAAAAUACAAAAUAGAGAAAUACAUCAGGAAGAGACUUGAGAUAUUAGAGAAAUUGAGUGAAAUGCGAGUCUACCAAGGCUCUUCCAUUUAUAAUCGCUCAAAUUUAAGGCAAUCUGCCUUAGAAGAUGAAACUUCAAUGAUCGAAGAAGAAUUGAAUGAAUCAAAGUCACAGCUUGAAAUAGUAAUUAGCGAUAAAGCAAAACAAGAAAAAAUUAUUGAUGAUUUGAAGAAAGAACUUGGAGAUGUUGAUAAAGAGCUACAGAAUAUUGAAGAGGAUAAUAAUAGAAUAUAUAAUUUCAUUGAUGAGCUCGAUCAGAGCAUUUUUGAUGAUAAUAAUUCUGAUAUUGAAUAUAAUGAACAAUCAAAUAAGUUAUAUCAGGAAUUAAACGAACUUAAAAACAUAUUAAAGAUAGAAAUAUGUAAAUCCGACCAAGUAAAGUCAUUUGAAGACGAUAUUAUAAAUUCUGAUAAAAUUAUUGAUGAAAAAUGUCGUCAAAGGAAGUUAACAACAUCAUUACAGCUUUCUUUGAAUAAAGCACAAAAGGAUGUAAGCGAAGUUCUUGAAGAAAUCAAUCAUACGAUGGAAUCAAUCGAAAUCAUGGAACAUGAAAAGGUAAAACUAUUAAAUGACGCUAAAAGCAUACAUAAAAAGAAAGCAGAAAACAAAAUAUUAUCUCAAAAUCGAAGUUAUAAUGAUGAAAAAGUUUAUUUGUUAACAAAAUCAGUCAGUCAGCUUGAGAAUGUCACAAAUAAGAUGAGUAAAGCUAUUUCCAAGAGAAAAGAUAAUAUGAAGAAGCGGAUUUUUGAAGAAAACUCUUUUAGUAAGUCAGCUAUUGACAUUAAAAAGAAUUUAAGUUCAUAUAGAGAUAGAGUUGCAACUGCGGAACGAGUAGCUAAAGUAAUGACUUAUAUUUCAAAGAAUAUUUCAAAACAGUUGCAAGAUUGGAAAAAAUUCAAAAAAGAAGAUAUAGGACAGAAUGAAAUUAACUCUGCCGAAGAAUGGUGCACUAAGUUAGACAAGAUAGUACGAAGAGCAGAUGAUUUGGCCACUUGGGUGCAAGUUUUCGGCAAACAUAAUAAUUUCUAA